AUGGAAGCAAUAGACUCAAAGGAUAAGAAGGCCACCAUUCUUUUGAUGGGCCUGAGAAGGUCUGGAAAGUCCUCUAUCUGCAAAGUGGUCUUCCACAACAUGCAACCGCUGGACACGCUUUAUCUCGAAAGUACCUCAAAGCCCACAACUGAGACGUUUACAUCGCUAAUUGACCUGGCCGUGAUGGAAUUGCCGGGACAGCUCAGUUUGUUUGAACCUUCUCUGUACGAUUCAGAGAAGAUAUUUGCCUCUAUUGGUGCGCUUAUCUAUGUGAUUGACUCUCAAGACGAAUAUCUUAGUGCACUCCAGAACCUCGCAGUCAUCAUCAAUUACGCAUACAAGAUCAAUCCCAAACUCCAUAUCGAAGUGCUGAUUCACAAGAUUGACGGUCUUUCCGAGGACUUCCGCCUAGACACCCAACGUGACAUAAUGCAACGAGUCGGUGACGAUUUGCUGGAUUAUGGCUUAGAAGGAGUGCAGGUUUCGUUCUAUCUGACAUCAAUUUUUGAUCAUUCCGUGUACGAAGCUUUUUCGCGAAUUGUUCAGAAACUCGUGGUAGAACUCCCACAGCUAGAGAACCUGCUAGAUCUGGUUAUGCAGUACUCGGGCUUUGAUAAGGUGUUCUUGUUCGAUGUCAACUCCAAGAUAUAUGUUGCUACAGACUCGUCGCCAGUGGAUAUUCAAACGUAUGAGGUGUGUGCGGAAUUCAUUGAUGUUACUAUUGACCUGGACGGAUUGUAUGAGCAGUCCGAAGAGGCCUCGCGUCCCACAAAGUGUGUUUCAAGACUGCAGAGUGGGAGUGUGCUGUAUUUGCACAGAAUGAUCCGUGGUUUGGCACUGGUGGCUAUCUCCAGUUUUGGAAAGGAUGAUCCCAGGGCUGAGAAUCCAAACGUGAAAAAUGCGAUUUCAAUUAUCGACCACAAUGUGAAUGUCUUCAAGAAGAGUCUAGAGACUAUGUGGGAGGGUUCUCGUAUCAGGUAG